AUGUCGCCGCCGCAGCCGCCACACCCGGUGCCCCGAGAGACGGUGGCCAGCGCCGUCGCCUCCCUCACCAAGUGGAUGAAGAAGCGCGCCGCAGAGGCGCGCCCGAACCUCCUCGCCGACGAGCGCGACGACCUCGUCGUCCUCCAGCUCUCGCUCCGCCGCGUCCCGGCCUCGCGCAGCACCAGGCCUCGCCUCCUCCCGCUGCCGCAUCCCGUCGUCGGGCACGACGUCUGCGUCAUCUCGGACGAUCGCCCCAAGUCGGGGUCCCCUUCCGCGUCCGACCUCCUCCACGCGUCCAAGCUCCCCGUCUCCGAGGUCAUCCCGCUAUCCACACUCCGCACGGACUACCGUCCCUACGAGUCGCGGCGCCGCCUCGCGGCCUCCCACGCCCUCUUCGUCGCCGACCGCGCCAUCCUCCCGCUGCUGCCGCGCGUCCUCGGGAAGGCCUUCUACUCCACCAACAAGGCUCCGAUUGGAGUCGAUUUCACCCGCGUUGGAUGGCCGGAGCAGGUCCGCAAGGUCCUUGGCUCUGCUUUUCUGUACCUGCGCUCCGGGACCUGCUCGGGGAUCAAGGUGGGUAGGCUGGACAUGGAGGAAGAGGAGAUCGUGGACAAUGUGAUGGCCGCGGUGGAGGCGGCUGUCGAGAAGGUGCCAAAGAAGUGGGCCAACGUUAGGGCGCUGCAUCUCAAGGCUGUGGAUUCAGUUGCCCUACCAAUUUACCAGGUUGUGCCAGAGUUGGGUAUGAAAAUUGUUGGUUAG